AUGAGAAAGACGACGGCGGGAGCGGAGGCCCCGGCAACGGCCACCGGGUUCAAGGAAAACGCCUCCCGACCCGGAACCCACCCCGUCCCCGUGGCCGACUCCUCCGGGCCCACGCGGGGAAGUGGCCGGAGCCUCAUCCGAGUCCUGAGGAGGCACGUGCUGGCUGAGGUCACCCCGGCGGGCGCCCGGAGCUCUGCCGCCGGCGCCCUGGGCAGCGUGAGCCUGAAGGAGCUGGCGGGAGGAUGGGGACGCGCGGCCGGCCAUGACCCCCACCUGGACCGCUGUCUGGUGACAGAGGACCUGCUCUCCGUGCUGGCUGAACUGCAGGCGGCCGCACAGCUCGGGCCUGAGGACGGCUCCCCGGGCCUGGCUGCCGCCCCCGGGGCUGGUGCGGACAGCUGUCUGGUGGUGCACGUGGUGAGCCCCGAGGAGGAGUCCCAGCAACAAAAGCUGGACCUGCUUUGGUGGAAGCUGGAUGAGCAGGCUCCUCUCGCACAGAAGCACCUGGUGUGUGGCCCAGUGAGAGCAGCCGGUGCGCCCAGCACCCUGACGGCGCCCGAGUACUACGAGCUCCGGCUCGCACAGGUGCGCACGGCCUCAGCUCUGAAGCACAGCAGGGACCUGGCACAAGACCCGGCCUGGACAGAAACCUUCAGGGUUCUCGCUGCGGCAACCAUCAAGUUUGAGAUGCUCAGCAAGGCCCCGCAGAGCCAGCUCCUCCUCGACCUGGCCAACAGCAUUUCCACCAAGGGCACCAAGAGUGGCACCUUUGUCAUGUACAACUGUGCCCGCCUCGCCACACUCUUUGAGGGUUACCAGCGCGGCGUGGAACAAGGUCUGUACCCCACUUUCCCACCUGUGAGCAGCCUGGAUUUCUCUCUGCUCCGUGAAGAGGGUGAGUGGCUGCUGCUCUUCAACAGCGUCCUCCCCUUCCCAGACCUCCUGAGCCAGACCGCAGCCCUGGACGGGGCCCAAGCCCCGGGGCUCCACGUCACUGCUCGCACAGAGAUGGUGUGCAAGUUCCUGGUGCAGCUCAGCAUGGACUUCAGCUCUUACUAUAACCGGGUACACAUCCUGGGGGAGCCUCGGCCACACCUGUUUGGUCAGAUGUUUGCCCGGCUGCAGCUCCUGCGGGCUGUGCAGGAAGUGCUCCAUAAGGGCCUGGCCACGCUGGGUCUCCCUCCACUGAGCUACAUCUAAGGCCACAGAGUGCCAAUGUCUGGGAAUUUUCACAAGGUCGUCACCUGAAAAAACCCCGUUGCUUAGACGUGGAGACUAAUAAAUCGCUACAAAGCUUU